CACAGGACAAUCCUGGGAAGUGAUCAAGAGACUGAACUCAGCUCGGUGUUAAUCCAGUGACUGGUGACUGUACCGUAUACAACUGGGGGUUCUAAGGUUCAGUCUCAGUAUGAACUGAACCACUAAGGUCACUGUUCAUGUGCUGUACAUCUAAUAACAACUGCUCCUUCUUGCUCGGGAGAUUGUGAACAUCAUUAGUUGGCUUGCGAGGUUUAAAGGCAAGGAUUGUGAGGUUUAAAGCCAAGGUUUAUGAGGUUUAAAGCUAAGGUUUGUGAGGUUUAACGUGUUAUCUGCUACAAGUGCUGUCUACAUGUACAAUAUUCUACAAGGACUCUCUGCUAAGUGCUAUCUGCUACUGUAGCUAUCUCCUACAAGAUUGCUAGAACUGCAAUCUGCUACAAAUACUGUCUGCCAGAAGAGCACUCUGCUAAAAGUGUUAUCUACUACAGGUGCUACUUGCCACAAGUGCUACAAGCGGUAUCUGCUACAAGUGCUCCUCGCUACAAGUGUCUAUCUCUGGCAAGAUGCCCUCAAGGUGCUGCUGUUGUCUCUCACUGAGACGAGGAUGCCUGAUCAUCUCCUUCAUUACUCUAGUGGUCGGCCUCCUUGGUACUGCCUACGGCAUCCUGCUUCUAAUUAAAGCAGGUGGAUGGCAGGGAUGGCUAACUGUGGUGGUUGAAAUCCUCAAUGUUCUCCUGGCAAUCCUCCUCGCUUGUUCUGUGGACAAGACAGUGGUGGUGCUGGUGCGGGCGUGGGCGGCAUGUACGACACUCCAGGUGGUAAUGGGGGUGAUCGUGGGUGUCAUCUUCAUAUUCUACGACUCUGUUAUCGUGGGCGUGGUCGCCCUCUGCUUCACCGUCGCCCAGGUCUACUUCGUUAUGGUCGUCUGGUCGUACAGUGCAGCGAUGAAGGCCACAGCAGAAGAAUGAUGAUAAACAUUGCGUCUAAAUCUACAUCUACGUCUACGUCUACGUCUACAUAAACAUCGUCUUAGCCAUUCUUAACAUUAAAGGUUAUUAAGCCCUCCUGAUCCAUAGGUGAUUAGCCUCUGCUGCCAUGGCGCCAUAAUGACCACCUUAAUUAACACUGAUGCAUAUUUAUAUGUCAGGUAGACGGACCUGUCUACCUUUUAGGCGGAAUACAUCGUCGUGUGUAGUUCUUUAUGGGAUAUGGGUGGCAUCCUGGGCUGGGCGAGACGUAUAGGAAGCCUCCUAACACCUGCUGACACUUCACCUAACAGUAAACAGUUGACUGUUGUGGGUGGCAUCCUGAGCGGGGUGAAACGUAUGGGCAAGCCUCCUAACACUGUUGUGGGUAACAUCUUGGGCAAGUCUUCUAACAUCUGAUGUUCCUGUUCAACUAGCAGUAAAUAGGUACCUGGGUGUUAGUUGAAUGUUGUGUCUCUGGGGUUAACAUCUUUCUGGGGAUCCUCAUGAACGUGUUGGUGCUGCCAUGCAUGGCACUCUCCACUUCCCGUUUUCUUGUAAUUACAUAUUAACUAAAAUUUUGGAGGUCUGUAUGAAAUUAUAUUCUCCUGCACUGAAGAUGGCGAGGCUGUUACACGAAAUAUUGCAAUAAAACGUUGAUGUUA